GGCCGUGGUGGCGGCGGGUAGGGGGAAGAGAGCGGCGCGGCCCAGGCCGGCGGCGCUGGGAAAAUGGCGGUGCGGAAGAAGGACGGCGGCCCCAACGUCAAGUACUACGAGGCCUCGGACACCGUUAGUCAGUUCGACAGCACGCGGGUCUGGCUGGGCAAGAACUACAAGAAGUACAUUCAAGCAGAACCCCCUACCAAUAAAUCAUUAUCCAACCUAGUGGUACAGCUGUUGCAGUUCCAAGAGGAGGUAUUUGGGAAGCAUGUCAGCAAUGCACCACUCACAAAAUUGCCAAUUAAAUGUUUCUUAGAUUUCAAAGCUGGCGGUGCCCUAUGUCACAUUCUUGCAGCAGCUUAUAAAUUCAAGAGUGACCAAGGAUGGCGACGUUUUGAUUUCCAGAAUCCCUCACGGAUGGACCGAAAUGUGGAGAUGUUCAUGACUAUUGAAAAAUCUCUGGUACAGAACAAUUGUCUGUCCCGUCCUAACAUUUAUCUGCAUCCAGAUAUUGAUCCCAAAUUGCAAGCCAAGUUGAAAGACAUUGUCAAACGACAUCAGGGAACCAUAACUGAAGAUAAGAGCAAUGCCUCCCAUAUUGCCUUCCCUGUUCCUGGUAGCUUGGAAGAAGAAGAAUGGGUUCGUCCAAUCAUGAAGAGAGACAAACAAGUUCUUCUUCACUGGGGCUACUAUCCUGACAGCUAUGACACUUGGAUUCCAGCCAGUGAAAUUGAAGCCCCUGUGGAGGAUGCUCCCACACCAGAGAAACCCCGUAAGGUUCACGCAAAGUGGAUCCUAGACACAGACUCUUUUAAUGAAUGGAUGAAUGAAGAAGACUAUGAGGUCAAUGAUGAGAAGAGCCCUGUCUCCAGGAGGAAGAAAAUCUCUGCCAAGACGCUCACUGAUGAGGUUAACAGUCCUGAUUCAGACCGAAGGGAUAAGAAGGGGGGAAAUUAUAAAAAGCGGAAACGUUCCCCUUCCCCUUCCCCUACUCCAGAAGCAAAGAAGAAAAAUGCCAAGAAAGGGAUGAAGAGGAGAAUAAUGCUGGGAACAAAGGAGAGCAGACCAAGAACCCUGACCUGCACGAAGACAAUGUGACCGAGCAGACCCAUCACAUUAUCAUCCCCAGUUAUGCAGCCUGGUUUGACUACAACAGUGUCCAUGCCAUUGAGAGGAGAGCCCUUCCUGAGUUUUUCAACGGCAAGAACAAGUCAAAGACACCAGAAAUUAUUAAUAUAAAUGGGAGAGGGCAACAGGACAGAAUUUUGCUUACGCUUCAGGGUCGUCAGAGUGAUAGCGAUACCAAGACUGGACGAAAGGGCAAAGAGAUUGAAGAUCUUGUCACAGAGACAGUGAAAGGGAAACCGGAGCUGCAAACCACAGCUUCCCAGCAGAUGUUAAACUUCCCAGACAAGAGCAAGGAGAAGCCACCGGAUAUGCAAAACUUUGGACUCCGCACUGACAUGUACACCAAGAAGAAUGUUCCUUCUAAGAGCAAAGCUGCUGCCAGCGCUACUCGCGAGUGGACAGAACAGGAGACCCUGUUGCUGCUAGAGAAGAGAACUGCCCAGAUGAAAACCGGUCAGAACCUCAACCAUCUGAAGAGAAGAAAGAGUUGAAGGAACAAAGGGAAGGAGUUCUCGAGGAAGAAGCUAAGGAGAAACUUGGAGAGGUGCCUAGGAAGGAGGAGGAUAAAAGCAAGGAGGCUGACGGUGAAAAAGAAAUGGACAAGAGUGAUGGGGACACUUUGGCUGAUGGAGAAAAGGAAAAAGAGCCAAAGGAUGGCCAGGAAGAGGGACCCAAGGACCUUGUAGAGGCUGAGGGCGAGCGGAAGACCAAAGUGGAGAGGGACAUUGGUGAAGGUAACCUCUCCACUGCAGCAGCUGCUGCUUUGGCUGCUGCAGCGGUAAAAGCGAAGCAUUUGGCAGCAGUAGAGGAACGUAAGAUCAAGUCGCUCGUUGCCUUGCUGGUGGAGACCCAGAUGAAGAAGCUUGAGAUCAAAUUGAGGCACUUUGAAGAGCUGGAGACCAUCAUGGAUCGGGAACGCGAGGCA